UAAGUUGAAAUUGCUCUUACCACCACCUGCUCAUUCAAGAAUCUUUCAGCUUUCCCCUAACAGCACCAACCUUUGGCUAUGGCUUCUUGAUCUGUGGAUCUCCCUGUUGUCUCAAUCUCGAUCCAAGAUCACUGCCAAUCUAUCUCAAGCACCUUUUCCCCUUCGGUGGUAGUAGCAACGAAAAAAAAAUCCAAUCUUUUGACCAGCGAAGCUUGGGGAAAUGGGUUUGCAGCAGGAUGUUUCUUGAAGGGCAUGCCAGUUUAAUGCAAGAUUUCUAGAUUGUUUUGGCUCUACUGUUCCCUAGCAAGUUUUUACCAGUGAGAUAUUUUUGUUCCAAGAAAGAAGUAAUCAGACGAACAGAAGAAACUGCAUCUAUCUAUCUUUAGAACCUGUAGCUUUAGUAGUUGCCCGGGACAUACAUCUCCAGAUACUUCUGAAUCGAACCAAUGGGUAGGGGAAGAGGCAGGGGGAGGAAGCUCACCAAUGGCAGGACCCAUGAGGAUAAGGGGAGCAGCGGUGAAGAGGUCGUUGUGCCUGCAAGGAAGAGGAGGGGACGGCCCCAAAAGCGCGUCGCCCAAAAGAUCAAUCAGGCAGAGGUGAAAAAUCUGGAGGAGGCUGACGAUGGCGAUGAGGACUACGAAGUGGGAGCAGGGGAUGAUGCCAAACCGGAAGCAUCAAGAGCAGAAAAUAUCUCUGCAGGAACUGGUACUAACAAGAGGAACAGGAUGCCCAAGGAAGAAGAGGGUUCAAAUCUUGACAUGGAGGAGAACAGCUCAAGCACUCGAUCCAGCAACGAUGAGUCGACCAGGUCCAAUGGCUUCCGGCAGAUUGGAAGCCGCCGGAAGAGCACGCCACGGCGAGCCGCGGAGGCGGGGAUAUAGCUGGGAUGAGAUGAUUUUUGGGUAUCAGUUGGGUAACUGCUCUCCAAUUUUGUCACCUUCAUAUUUCAGUAGUAAUCUUCAAUUUCUGUAAUCUUGGUGUUUGCUAGGCCCUACAUGAGUGUAAACAUAUACUGAUUCAUCAGAAGUUUUGCUUAUGUUGAUGAACAAAAUGUAUGAACUGCUAGGGCUCCACAUCUAGCUGUUCUAGGUUCUUGGCUUAUCCUAGUUUUCUACUUUUUUGGUGGACAGGUUGAAUAGUGAAUUGAUUGUUAAGCACCAUGUUUUGCUCCACAUCAACAGACUGUGCUACCACUUGUUCUUGCAACUUUGAUUCAACUAAU